AACAACCCAAACCCACUCCUAAACAAGAACAGCCCAAACACAAACCUGAACCUGCCUCAUGUGGGGUCAUCGACCCGGUACUGAAGGAAGAAAUCAUACAGGUUCUAGCAGAGAGGCCGAAUGGAAUGUGGGCAAAGAGACUACCAUUUGAGUAUAAGAGAAAACUAGGGAAAGAGCUUCCGCUGCAGGAGAAUGGUUUCUACAGUGUGAUAGAGAUGAUCUCAGCCCUGACUGAUGUAGCUGUCAUCACACGACCCAACCCUAGUGGAGACUGGUGGCUCUGUGAACAGAAAGCCUACCGGGAGAAGGAAGAUGAGAAGAUGAGUACAUCAGCCGUCAGUCCCCCCUCCCUGGAGCUGCUGAUUGUACAAGUCCUACAGACUCACCCUGAAGGCAUCAAGAGUAAACAGUUCCCAGAGCUCUUCAAGACUCUGACAGGACGUGCCUUACCAGUGGAGGAACUAGGGUACAAGAGCACAGAGACACUACUUCUCAACAUGCCAGAGUAUGUCAAGAUGAUGUAUAAGGGAGCAGGAACUGUGAUGUUGUUUGCCAGAGAAGAUGCUCUGGAAAAACUACAAUCACAACCAAAACCGGCAGUAAAGGAAGAACAGCCAAAGAGUCGGGUCAAGAGGGCUGACCAUGAGGGUAUCCCCAUUGAUGCCGUAGGAAGUGGGGUGUUCUACCCACAGUUGCCCCUCCCUGAGCUGACAGCUGAAGGACCACUGUACAUAGAGGUGUACAUCUGUAACGUGGUGGACCCGGGAAACUUCCAUGUGCAGUUCCGAGGCCAACAGACAGCUGACGCACUGGAGGAGUUGAUGGAUAAACUGGAGAAAGUUUACUGCAGUACUGAGGGUAGGAACUACAAGAUGAGGCCAGACUUGAUCGCUAUAGGACAGGCCUGUGUGGCCAUGUUUCCUGAGGAUGAGAACUGGCACAGGGCAAUGAUCACUGACAUACCCAGUCUGGACUUUGUCACGGUGUCGUAUGUUGACUAUGGGACGAUAGCCAGUGUGCCCAAGAGCGCCCUCCGCAUGUUGAAGGCAGAGUUCUUGCACCUCCCCAUCCAGGCUGUUGGGGCCAGACUGGCCAACAUCGUACCAAACUCACUGGACAACCAUUGGUCUAGUGGUGCCCGUGACAGGUUGUUAAGUCUGACCAGAGACAAGCCAUUAGUGGCACUGGUUACACACAUCAAGGACCGUGUGCUAUCCCUGUGUCCAUGUGACACCACCACGGAACAGGACAUUCAUAUCAACGACACACUAGUUAGCGAGGGACAUGCCAUCUUGUCUCCUGACCUAUGGUCCCUUUCAACAGAGGCUCCCAACGCUGAGUUGACUUCAUCUGGAGCAUCACAGCCUGUCAAUCAAGACUCCAUGGCAGCUCCAUCCACCAAUCAGCAGGCAGGAGGUGUGUCCCAGCUGCAGGACCUGCAGGAUGUGGUGAUGCCUGGGAUGAUCGGCUCCAUCUACCCCAGCUUGUUCCCAACCUUCCCUGAUCUGUCACAGGGAACACUCAGCCAGGCUGCUCACUUGGACAUGUCGUGCCUGUCUGACCGUCGGGAGGCAGCAGGUGAGGAGAACCCGCCCGGUCCUGGUGAGGAGGAGACCAUGCAGCAGGUGUGUGAGGAGCUCAACCUGGAGGCAGAACCACCCAAACCCAGGCACAUCAAACAGGUACAGCUGACAGAGGAUCACCAUGUCAGCAUCAUUAAGUACCAGGACAAGCCCUACAUCAUCAGUGGAGAAAUAUCUGCCUUCUUCUGGGACUCCGACCUGCUCAGAUCCAUGUUGCGCCAAAAGAAGUUGGUCAUGCCUAAGGAGGUUGUGACAAGUGAUUUGUGUCCUGAGCUGUUUGAAGACUUACAAAGGCUGAAGGUGACAGGCAUCUUUGAAGGCGACAGUUUGAGGUCACAUCUCACCAUAUAUGAGCUCCAGUGUGUCCCAGACAUCCUGUCAGCCUUUGAACACUCGUCCCUGGAGCUAGCAGACAGAAUACAGGAGGAGUUCCACAACUUUGACCCUGAUCAUCCUUACUGGAAGGGCAUUGACCUCCCAGAUUCAGACAGCCAGGAGGAGGAGGAGGAGGAGGAUAGUGAUGAGUAUGACUUCACCCUGGACCAACUCAGACUCACUCUGCAGACUCUACAGAUCAAAAGACAGCGGAUCCUGCAUGAGAUGGUGAACAGUCCCGGGGCCAGCAGUGUGGACGAGCUGAACACCGUGGAACUACAGAUGACAGACGUCCGCAACAGGAUCAAACACAAGGAGCAGGAGGAGACUGAAGAUGAGCUGUCCGCUUCCUUCCGUCCCCUGGGUUUCCAGGCAUCCACUCACGAUGAAGUUGUCCAGAGGUGUGUUGACCAGCAGUACCAGUCCCAGACCAGAGGUCAAGCAGACACUGACACUGGUGGACACACAGACAAGGCAGGGAAAGGGGCACAGGCUAAUGAGGAGUUAAAACCAGACAAGACUGGUGGGAACUGGAGUAACUGGAAGGAGGUGGAGACAACUAAGAAGGAAGACAAAAGCCCAGAGAAACAGAGAGGACCCUCCCAGGCCUGCACAACUCACUCGGCAGGGAAGGAGGCCGCAGUGUCUGGCAAGAUGGCAGGGGAGGUGACAACACCAAGGCAGCCCACGAACAGUAUGUCUGGACAGAGAGUACAGGCACCGGGAAAGAAUGCCACAAGCCAGCCCGUAGUCGCAGUGAAGCCCCAGCAGGGCAGUGAAGGGAGAGUUCAGGGUGGGGGAACUCCCUCCAGGCCUUUAGUAGCGUUACACCCAGAUCCGCCCACCAUGUCACCCUACCUCCAGCAGCCUUCUGAACAGCUUCCCGCCAUGUAUCAGCAGCAGCCUGUACAGUACACAGUCACAGCUACAGCACAGUACUACCAGCAGUACACCCCACAACAGUACAACCCUCAACAGCAGUAUAACCAGCAACAGUACAACCCACAACAACAGUACAACCAGCAACAGUACAACCAACAGCAGCAAAACCAGCAACAGUACAGCCCUCAGCAGUACAACCAGCUACAGAACAACCAGCAACAGUACAACCGGCAACAGUAUAACCCCCAGCAGUACAACCCUCAACAGUACAACCGGCAGCAGUUCAACCCACAGCAGUACAACCAACAGCAGUUCCCCCAGUACCCCCCUCAGCAUCUCUUCCUGAACCAGCCCCCUCCCAACGAAGUUCCCAUCUCCCAGGGGGUAUACAUCCCCCCGGACAUGCAGGUCCAGCCGUACCACAGGAUGAUGCACAAUCAGUACAAUAACAUGUACGGGGUGAGAGGACAGGCUCCUCUAGGACAGGGCAGGGGACAGACCAUGUAUAGGUGAAGAUGUAGCAUAGUUUUUAUAGUAUAGUGUAGUGUAGCAUUGUAUAGGGAGUAUAGUGUAGUGUAGUGUUGUAUGAGGAGCUUGAAAACUCAGUUCACCAAAGAAUAGGCACCACAAAGUUACACAUAACAGUUCAGUAGAUGAGGUAUUUUUGCCUUCGAUGGAGUCAAUAUAUUUUAGGAUACCAAAUGUCAUAGUGAUAUAGCACAUUUUGGUGACCAUUUGUUUCUUUAGUGUUCGCAUUUCAUUUCUGUUGAAAAUUUUUGUGGAGUUCUGGCCUGGAGGUGUAGACGAAAUGAGGAACAUGAUAUGAAUGUCAGUUUGACAAGGAUGUCACACAUAGACAGGGCAUUUAUUCUUUGGGUCUUUUUCCUUUCCAGGUUUCUAAAGACCCCUUUUCUUUCUUUCUGGAAGUUGUGGUGAGAAUAAAGAACUAUUUUUGUACCAGUAAAAUCAUGGACCAAAUCAGUAUCGACCAAAGAAGAAUAGUUUGGUUACAGUUCAAGAAAGAGUGACAGCUUUAGCUUUGGGUAGGUUUUAUUUGUGUUCUUGCUACAUAUGUAUUAACUAUUUUUG